AUGAAAAGAUAUUUACCGCUUGUAGUGCUUUCCGUACUAGCUGUCACACUUUAUUGCUUGUACGCAGAAGUUCCUACCCUAGUUCAGAAUAUUGAAGUGGACGGAGGUAAUAAAAGUAGUGAUAUGAGAACAAAAACUGAAGUUUGGGACACAAUGGAUGGACGCGGAUAUCAGUUUAGAGAAAAAGUUGAACAACCCUUGGAUCCACGCUACGAAGAGCUAAAUAAUCUUCCAUUGUGUGGUAACCUAGGUUCCACUGGUGUACAACAAGAAGUUAUAAAUCUUAUGGAAACCGUGAAGAAGCAAUUUUCAGACUGCAUUGCCCCUAUUGUAGAUCUAUGGAAGGAUCAUCCCAAGGAAAUGAAUCUCGAAUGGGUGGCUAAAGCUGCGGUUUGUGACAAACUUCCAAUACUUGAGAAAUUGAAAGUGGUACCAUUUAAUAAUUAUCAUGAAACAAAAUGGGCAAUUCUUCCAAAAUGUAAAGAAGAGAACGUCUUGGUAACUAUGGGAAUUGGACAUGACACUACCGCCGAAGAACGUUUAAACCGAACCAUUUCAAAUACAAAGUUCUAUGGAGCAGACCCAAUUAUUGAGCCAAAUCGUCAGAUGUACUCAGCAUUUGGAAAAUUUUUCCCAUUUGCAAUUGGGAAAAAUCCUGGUUUCACAAGAUUCAGAGUGCUCCCAAAUCAGAGUCAGAAAACUAGAAAAUAUAUUUAUCAGGAUGUGACAACGAUUCCAUUCCUCUACUUUUUACACGAUAUUUUGAAGUUGCAGAAAAUCGAUUUUGCUUGGAUCGACAUUGAAGGUGGCGAGUUCGAAUUUUUGGACCAAAUUCAUCAUGAAGUACAGUUUUGUCAAUUUAACCUAGAAGUUCACUCUGCAUUCAAUCCAGCAGGAGCUCCAGUUUUUCAUGAUUUUAUAUUUAAAAUAUUGGAGCAAAAGAAAUAUGUGUUCCUUCAAUCUGAAUACACAGGGCCUGGAGCUCAUCGAAUGUUCUUCUUGAAUGUGGAGGACAAGCAAUGUUUGGCAAAGUACUUUAAUAAAUUUUAG